GAAAGUUAUAUAUACACUCUGACACACAACACCGGUCGCCGGAGAAUAAAAAGUGAGAGCGGCGGUUCAAACUUUUCCGGCCAUGGAAGCGGCGGUGGUAGCGGUGGAAAACAUACUCCGUUACAGUUUCAAGAACAAGAAGCUUCUAGAAGAAGCCCUCACCCACUCCUCCUUCACCGGCGCCACCUCCUACGAGCGCCUCGAGUUCAUCGGCGACCCCAUUCUCGGCCUCGCCAUCAGCAACUACCUCUAUCUCGCUAACCCUUCUCUUGACCCCGGCCAGCUCUCUCUCCUCCGCGCCGCCAAUGUCAGCACCGAGAAGCUCGCCCGCGUCGCCAUUCGCAGCGGAAUUUACCGCCAUGUCCGCCACAACAGCGUUCCGCUUGUCGAUAAGGUUCGGGAGUUCGUCGUUGCUAUUGCUGGUGAGGACCGCACUGUCUGCUAUGGUGGAAUCGUGAAGGCUCCUAAGGUUCUUGCUGACAUUGUUGAGUCUGUGGCUGCUGCUGUUUACAUUGAUCUUGGUUUUGAUCUCCAGAAUUUAUGGGUGAUAAUUAGAGGUCUUUUGGAGCCGAUAGUGACAUUGGAUGAUCUGGAACAUAACCCUCAACCGGUGACAAUGCUCUUUGAGAUCUGCCAGAAGAAUGGGAAGCAGGUUGACAUCAAAUACUGGAGGGACAGUGACAAAAGCAUUGCCGGUGUCUUUGUUGAUGGGCAAAUUGUUGCCUCUGCUUCCUCUGAUCAGAAGGACAUUGCAAAGCUUGAUGCUGCCAAGGUUGCCUUGCAUAAACUAGCACAUUUAGUGCCUUCCAGUACAAUGACAUUUGACUUUUGUGCGAGCAUUGACGGCACCUUUGAGAUUGAUGUCGCCAAACACAGGUUACAUGAGCUAUGUGUGAUGAAAAAGUGGUCCAAACCAGUAUACAGCAUUAGGAAAGAUGAAGGCCCUCCUCAUGAAAAGAUAUAUCUCUGCUCGGUUCAGAUACCAACCACCCCACAUGGUCCACUCCAAAUGUUUGGGGAGGAAAAAUCUCGGUUGAAAGAUGCAGAGAACUCUGCGGCUUCCUUCAUGAUUAGGGCAUUACAAGAACGUAACUUCAUAUAAGAACUGUGUUGUAAAUAGUCUGUGUCUUCUGUUUUCCUGUCAUUGUUUUAAGACAAGAAUUUUGUCUUUUGUAAAGAGGAAUUCAUGUUCUUGACAAUACAAACUUGACAGGAAAUGGUUGUUGAGUA